AUGUGCAUGUUCAGGACUGAGUGUGUUGUCGCUAAGAAGGAAAAACCAGAAGAUGAGAAAGACACAAAGCCAAAAAGAAAAAGAAAGAAGAAAAUCACGGAUGUACUGGCAGCGUCGGCCCCUAAACCAGGCUGUCCUGCUGACCUGCAGAAACUGUUCAAGGACAACUUCACAGACAAGCGCUCUGUCAUUGAAAUGGAGGAGCUGAAACUGCCAGAUUCGUGCUUCCUUCCGAGCAAUGACCUCACCCACAGUCUCUCUUCAUUUCUUAAGGAAAUCUGCCCCAAGUGGGCAAAGCUAUGUAAAAACCACACUGAGGAGAAGUCUGUGGUGAUGUUGAUUGUCUGCAGCUCUGCCCAUCGUGUUCUGGAUCUCAUUAAGCAACUUACAACCUUCAAGGGUUAUUCCAAAGUUCUGAAACUGUUUGCAAAACAUAUAAAGGGAGAAGAACAGAUCAAGUUGCUACAGAAAGGAGUAACUCACCUGGGUGUGGAGACCCCAGGGAGGGUUAAAGCUCUCGCAGAACAAGAUGGUCUUAGUCUGAAAGCUCUGAAGUAUGUGGUUUUGGACUGGAACUGGAGAGACCAGAAGCUCAGGAGAAUGCCAGACAUCCCGAAGGUGAAGCUGGAGGGUGGUAUCACACAGGCCUGCCAGGCUGGCUCUGUUAAACUGGCUCUGUUCCAGUACCACGUGCUGGGCACUGCUGGGAAAGCCCAGGCAGCCUGGAUGUGA